CGGGGCAGAGGAGGCAGGGGGCGCCUAUUCCCCGCACCUUGAGGCCGGGCCGGCCGGCAGAGAGCGCGGGCGGGAGCUGCCGCCGAGGCCGCCCAGCACCACAGGGGCUGCCCCGCUUCCCUCGUCGCUCGCACACCUCCGGCCCGGCCCUUCCUGCCGCCAUUUUGCGGAGCCGAGCAGUCCCGGCAGCGGCCCGUCCCGUCCCGUCAGGCCCGAGGAGGCGGGACGCGGCGGCGCAGGUUUGAAUAGCUCAUAAUUAACAUUAUUAUCUGCAAAUGCAAUGGAAGAUGGCAAGACUGAAGAUGGGCAGAGUAUUCUACGACUUAAUGUACGAGGAUGUUUAUAUACUGCCAGGCGGGCUCAUCUAAUUGAUCGAGAUGGAAACCUAUUUAAAUAUCUUUUGGAUUAUCUCCAUGGAGAAGUUCGGAUUCCUGACGAUGAACAAAUUUGAAUUGCAUUGCAGGAGGAAGCAGAUUAUUUCGGCAUCCCUUAUCCUUACAGCCUGACUGACCAUCUGGCCAACGAAAUGGAGACGUAUUCUUUAAGGUAAAACAUAGAGCUUAAAAAGGCUUUGUUAGAUUUUUGCGAUUCUUAUAAUUUAGUCUGCACCAAGCCUACAGUUUGGGUCCUGCACUAUCUCAGCACCUCUGGGGCAAGCUGUGAAAAUAAAAUUAUUGGUGUGUAUGCCACAAGAGCUUAUGGGAUUGAUGCAAUUAAUAAGGAGCUAGGAACAAAAAUUCAUAGUAAAAACAUUUACAAAAGAGAAGCUGGAAAUAAUGUCCAAUACAUCUGGAGCUAUUACUCAGUAGCUGAAUUGAAAAAGAUGAUGGAUGCUUUUGACACCUGGGAAGGAAGAGGUGUUAGCUACUGGAGAGUACCUCAGGAGUUGAUUGAAUGUUGGACUCUAGAAGAGUGCUCUCUGAAAGGCAGUUUACAUCAUAUGCCUCCAGUUCAUAAAAGACUAAUUGACUUCACUGAAGAGGAAAACUAUUUACCAUGUAAAGUGGGUCCCAAGCCAAUUAGAUUCUCAGGUCCUUCAACAAGUACACACAUCAAAGUUAAGAAUUCAGCUUCAUUAAAGGUAGCUGCUUGCAAUGUUUCACGUUCUGCAGUAACUCUUAAACAACCCAAUAGUGAAAGUUUGAUGCUGCACAAAGUAGCUUCUAAAACUGAAUCCACAACAUGCACAUCAGAGCCCAGCAAUUCCCAGUUGCCCUGUGGAAGGCAGAGUGCUGAUUAUGGAACACCAUGUCAAAUGACUUUGAAGAUCUCAGUGUCUAGAAAGCCUGUGUUCAGCCAUGUAGUAAAGCUGAAGCGAACUCCACUUUUUCUUGCAACACCAUCUCAGUCAUCAUCUUCUGUGUCCAGUAAAACAAGUGAACAGGACAAUGCUGCUGUUGAAAUUCCUACUACUUCUGUGGUACUAAACAAGAAAGAACCAGCUGUAUUAGCAGAGAGUAUUAAGAGUGAUAAAGUGGAUGGAUAAUGUUUGAGUCAGCCUGAUAGGCUGGACAGCUUGGCAUCAUCUAGUCAAAGAAGAGCUCAUCAUCUCAUGUUGUCAUGUAUUCAAAGAUUUGGUAGAAAAUCAUGGUGAAAAAGUUAAUCAAGAGCAUAGAGAGAAAUGGCUUUACAUGAGCAGUGAAUUGUAUUUUCUGCUUUAUUUCUAAUUAUUUUUUAGAAGUUGGGAGGAAGAAACAUGGGCUAAGAAACACAACAUGUGACAUGUAAUAUUAUGGUAUCUCACAUUUGUAUUUCUGUCAGGCUGUACUAGUACAACUGACUUUUUUUAAAGGGAGUACGUGCAAAGCAUAAAAGAUGACCUGUUUAUUAACUUUAACUACAGGUAACAUUAACUAGGGCUAAUUUCCUUAAUCCAUAUAUUUGACUUGGGUGAAAAGUAGAUAACCAUGAGUACCAGUUAUUAGAUACAAGUUUGUCACAAGUAUGCAAGAUACUGAGUACUGUGAAGAUUUAUUUUUUAAGUUGAAUGCACAAUUACUGGUACUUUUUAUGAGGGUAAGUCACCAUUAUAUUAUCAAGAGCAAUUAAAGGGACCCUCUUUGCUUGUACACUGUGAGAAAAUUCAUAAAUACAGUGAAGGAAGAGCAUGGCUAGGGAGCAAUAAGGCAGUUUUUUCCAUAGACCUGAAAACUACGCGUACUGUUUUCCUACAGGGGUGUCAUCUGCCACUGGUUCAAGGCUGCUGCAGGCAGUGGUGCAGCCUUUGUGUUCUAUAUUACACUGCUGUUGGAUGUAUUUUCUACAACUGCAGGGAAGCUUACAGGUCUGAGUUGCAGCUUGUGUUCCUUUGUCCUUCUGCAUGUCCUUUUAAAUGAGCAGGGGACAAUCUCAAUUUCUGUGCAGCAAAGCAGUGUUAACAGAUGUGGUCUGGUUUGAAGAAAGAUAGAAGAAUCCUUCCUUCCUCCAGAGCAGGAUGGAGAAGAUGCUGGGUUUCUUGUCCUCAGUGGUACUAGGGUCAAUUUUGAGCAACGAUACUGAAGUGACGAGCUGCUGUAUGUUUCAAUCAACAAAGGAAAGCAGAAUUUAGCUCACUUGUUUUUAAAAAGUCCUUCUGGUUGUUUAAACCACCACUGUUUAAAUUUUCCAAACUUGUCUUCAUUUUAUGUCCUUGUUUGUUGUGGUUGGGUUUUUGUUGUUGGUACUGCUGUUGAAACACAGUAAAUACAGCUGGCCUUAAGCGUUGAGAAGUCCUAUCACAUUGCCAAAAUGAAAUGUUCUUAAAAUUUCAGAGACUAUUAGAAUUACGGGAGGGUUAUUUAAGUGUUUUAUUUUUACAGUCAUUUAGAAAAAAUCACAGUUCCAGGCUUUUCAUCAUAACCAUAAGGACUUGAAAUUUCAUUUGCAAAAGUAAAAAAGAAAAAUAAACUCAUAUACUAACAGUUUUAAGGAGGCAUUUUGCCACAUACAAUGGUUACUGUAAAAGAAAGCAGUACUGUAACUUUCUGCGAUUGGUAUAGAUAUGCGUAGAUAUAUAUAUAUAUAUAUUCAAGACCAGCUUACCUUUAAAAUCUAUAGUUUUUUUCCUUAAACAAUAAACCUAAAAAGCAACAGU